AUGGCAAAACUCACUGAGGAUGCCGACCACGAUGCCAGCGAAACGUUUGAGAAUGUAUCAAGUCUAAUGUCUGAGGCUGGGAAUGAUGACAACUACUAUGGUAGACGACUUCGGAUUAGAUGCGUUCUACUAAGUCCCCCUGACAACAAGACCAAGUUGCGACAACGAGGUUCAAUCUCAGCCUUUCUCACUCACGGCAGGUCAAUUGUUCAACGCUUGCCCUCUCUCGAAGAAUUGGUCACCAUCUCAGCCGAAAAUGGAACCAUCUCUUCUCAACUUCCACAAAAGUCCACUGCUAAUUCACAUGCACAAUCAAUUCCUAAUUCCUUAAUCGAAACCUCCAGUGCUGAAAGAAAUGAUCAAGCGCACGACGAUUUUGCCUUGACUUAUAGAUCCUCCACUCAGACUCUUGGCCAGUUCCAUGCACUAGUCCGGUUCGAUUUCGGCCUGCAUAACUAG